AGGAGGAGCAGCGAACAGAUCAGUCAAACUAGAAAGUUGUCUGCGAAAAAAAUCCAACUAGUUGAACUACUGAGCUCACCUGAUAAGAACGACAGCAAUGGCAUUGACGGUCAGACGUGAACAUUCUGUUCUUGCGAUGAUUGUAAUGCUGCUGAUAUCAAGCAGUCACUGUCAACGUGAUUCGGAGACUACAGGACAACCAACAGGCUCAUCAAGUUGCUGCACUGCUUGCCUUCCAGGCCACCCUGGGGUACCUGGGAUCCCAGGAAAUCCGGGGGGAAUCGGAGUUCAAGGACCUCUUGGCCCCAAAGGUGACCCCGGGUAUGGCCUCGCCGGACCCAAGGGAGAGACCGGCGACCAGGGACGGAAGGGGGAUCAAGGCGAGCCAGGGAUGCAGGGACCUUCGGGGAAGCUGGGACCUGCAGGUUGCAAGGGAGACAUCGGUGAGGGGCAGAAAGGUGACCAGGGGGAGCCAGGGCUCGAGGGACCGCACGGACCACCGGGUGAAACGGGGCAGAAGGGACAACCGGGAGAAGCUACCCUUGUGACACCAACAGCGCCCUCUGCCGUCGCAUUCAGCGCUUACCGAACGUCAGCUGUCACCGGCGGCAUUGGCGAUGUAAUCGUCUUUGACAACAUCAUGACGAAUAUCGGAGACAGGUACGAUUCGCAGUCGGGCGUGUUUACAUGCUCACAACCUGGAGUCUAUUUUUUCACGACCAGUUUUCUUAGAAUAAACACAGCAACGCGGCCUUAUGUACAGCUAAAAAAGAACGGUGAGCUUGUCUUUUCAAUAUAUGACAGUCAUGACAGUUAUCACCACCAGUCCAGCAAUUCGGCAGUCCUUAUCUUGGCUACGGGAGACAGAGUCUGGCUUGAGUUUUUCGGCAGUAACAGAGGUAUUUACAGCGCUGGAGGUAGAUUUGCUUACUUCUCUGGCUUUUUGAUCCAUGCAGUGUAAAGCAAAAUCUGAGAGACCUGUAACCACCGUGUCUCUUCUAAUGUGACCCUGCGAUUCUCUGCUACACUUUUCCCUAGUCAAUAAUGGUAAAAAAACUAGUACAUUGUAAAUGCAAAGCUAGCUUUCAUGAAAUUAAUAAUUACUUGAGUUUCGCAAUAUUGAAAGAAGUAUUCACAGAAGUUCCACCAGGUAUUUUUUUACUUCUCUGACUUUUUAAAACGCAACUCAGUGUGGAACAAACUCAUUUGAAUUUUUCCAAGAGCCAGAUCAAGCUUGUAACAUUUAUAAAUGCUUACAGUUUUGCUGGUUCCACAUGUGUCCGUAUAAAAAAAAUACACAUUAUUAUAAAAAGCUGAAAUAUUUGUUGUUGAAUUAACUUCAACAGCAGCAGUUUAUGUAGUCUUGGUUCAAAGACAUUCGAAUGUUUUUAAAUAUUUUUUUCUCUUCACUCAGGACUCUACCAUAUUUGAUUUUAAGUGGUUUUCCCCUAUCUCUGAUAGGAAUCGAGCUCAUUGUACUUUUUCGAUUCAUGGCUUACACAAUUCAGUUUAUCAAAAUAGUGUAGCGCCAGUAUUUAGUGCGCCCUCUGUCGAUGACAAUUACAAAACGCAUAAGCUCAAACAUGAGACGCGAAACAUGACGUACCAGAUAGUAACCGUUGAGUCUUGCACCAA